GUAGAAAGUUCUCGUUCGUUCCUCUGCGUAUUACAAAUUAUAUAACCCUAAGCCGCUGUCGUUGUUUCCCUAGAAAAUCUCGAGGUUUUAGAAAUGGCGUCGUUUGAUGAAGCACCUCCUGGCAAUCCCGCUGCUGGAGAGAAGAUCUUCAAGACCAAGUGCGCUCAGUGCCACACCGUCGACAAAGGCGCUGGUCACAAGCAAGGACCCAAUCUGAAUGGCCUUUUCGGUAGGCAGUCUGGCACAACUCCCGGUUACUCAUACUCUGCUGCUAACAAGAACAUGGCUGUUAUUUGGGAGGAAAAGACAUUGUAUGACUACUUGCUGAACCCAAAGAAGUACAUUCCUGGAACAAAGAUGGUGUUCCCUGGACUAAAGAAGCCUCAGGAUCGGGCCGACUUGAUUGCAUAUUUGAAGCAAGCCACUGCUUAAUUUGAAACUAAACGUUUGAAGAGAGUCCAUUUUGCAGUUGCUAGAGGUAGCGGAACCAGAUGGCAGUACCAUUCUUUUCCAAAUAAAAUAGACUUAUGUUGGUAGGUCUGGCAUAAUGAGAGUGUGUAGUUAUUGCUACUUUUGCUAAGAGAUUGCCUUGGCAAACAUUCAAUUGGAUUCAGUUACCUGUUUGUGACUAUCUGAUGAAUAUUUGGUGAAACAUCAAUUUACUACUAUGAAUGGCUGGGCUAGUCUUUAUAUGAUUAGCAAUAUCAGAAGACUGGUUUAUGGUUAA